CGCGCUGGUCCGACCCAGUGGGGCCGCUGAGAGACUUUUUGCAGCUGAUUUUGCCCCAGGAUGGAAGAAGACGAGAAGCUUUUGGAUGACAAGCCGCUCGUGGAAGACGACACAGAGGAGCUGGAGGACCCGGAGGUUGUGCUGGACUGUGUCCCAAGGGAGGCUGAGCAGAAGGCCGGCCUGGGAAGCUCCUGUCCAGGAAUAGAGCAGAGCAAGGACAAGCAGAAGCUGAGGUUGACGGCCCAGAAAAAAAUGCAGGCCUCCCAGCUGCGCAGGGACUUGAGACACCUGGACCAGCUGCAUGAAGAGAAGGACCUUUUCAUCCAGAAGACAAGGGGGGAGCUACGUGCGUGUCGAAGGAGGAUGGAACUCCUGGUCAAGCAGCAGGAGAGCAUGGCUGCCGAGAUGGCUGCAGAGAGGGCAGCCAACAACAUGGCAGCCAUGGGACGCCUGGAGGCAGCGUUGCAGCGCCUGUGCUCGGAGCUGGAGAACGAGCGGGACCUGCAGGCGCAGAUGAUGGCAGUGCUACAGCAGAACGAGAGCACCCUGUGGCAGAUCGAGGUCCAGGAAGGGCAGCUGGAGGACACCCGCAAGUCAGCCCAGGAAGAGGCUGCAGCCGCCAGGAGAGGCCUUCAGGAGCGGGCAGCCAAGCAGCUGCACCGGGAGAUGGGGGCCUCGAGGAAGGCAGAGCGGAACCGGCUGCUGCGGGCCCGGAGAUGCGUGCACCUGCAGAAGGAGCUUGGACUCCGGCAGCAGAAGCUGGUGGAGGAGGCCCAGAAGAACCACCGGAAGGCCCUGAGGUUCCUGAAGGCCUCAUUGGGGAAGAUCCGCGAGCAGCAGCAGAAGGAGGAGCUGGAGACCCGAGAGCACAUGCGCAGGCGCAUGGACGCAGUGCUGGCCCUGAAGAACAGUAUCUCUGCCAACCGGGAAACGCUCCGGAAAUUUCAAGCGUGGGGCCAGGCCAAGACAGAGCUGGCAGAACAGAAGGCCCAGGCCGAGAAGAAGGCCAUCCUGGCCCAAGGUGGGGACGCCUUCAAGCACCUGUGCCAUCAGCGCAGGCGCCAGGAGUUGGAGGCCCAGAACCGCGCCUUCGAGGAGGAGCAGAAGCGCAGGAAACAGGAGAUUGUGAGUCGGCUCUUGAAGGAGGAGGCUGUGGAGGACAGGAGGAGGCCACGGCCCGAGCCCCCCAGACCCACAGGCCAGCGGAGCCUGAGGGACCAGACCUGGAGCUACGUGGCCACCUUCUGCGAUGGGCAGAGCACAGAGGCCCCGCCCUGCUGUCCCCUGGUGAGCGGAUGCCCUGGCAGCACAGGACCGUGCCUGCCAGCCAAGAUCAGCACCACGGAGAGCGCCCUGGCCCCAGGACCUUUCCUCCCCGUGCCCCUCUCUGCCCUGCCGUCCUGGGCAGUGCCCACCUGCACCUCCUGCUGCCUCCUCCCUGUUGUCUCACACCUGCCAACCACCCAGAGUGCUCCUGCUCUUCUCCAUGGGGGGCCUUUCUCUCACCUGCAGCAACCUCAACCUCCACCUUCAUCCCUAUUCCAGCCUGAUGUCCCUGGACAGAGGCCAGGUCCAGCCCAAGAGCAGAUAAAGGAGAACAGGCCCAGAUCCUACCAGUCCUCUCCACUGCUGACGGCCAUCUCCAGUGAGUCUGUCCAGGGGGAUGGGAGCAGCCUCGGCGGGGAGGAGGACACACUGGCUUGGCCGGAGAUCCCUGGGCUCUGGAAGGAGGACUACAAGCCUUUCCAGGUAGCCAAGGAGGACGUGGACCGGAAGCCGGUGGGCGGAACAAAGAUGGACAAGGACAUCCUGGCGCGGACUACGCAACGGCUACGCAGUGGGCUGAUCCACAAACAGGUGGCAUCAGGGCGUGAGUUCAGAGGGUGCCCCUUCAACAGCAAGCCCAAGUUCAUCCACUUCAAGGACUUUGAUGUCGGCAAAGUGUACAAGAAGAAGAUCACGCUGAUCAACGCCACCUACACGAUUAACUACUGCAAGCUGGUGGGCGUGGAGGAGAGCCUGCAGGACUUCGUCCACGUGGACUUUGACCCCCCAGGCCCGCUAUCAGCUGGCAUGUCCUGCGAAGUGCUUGUCACCUUCAAGCCCAUGAUAAACAAAGAUCUGGAAGGAAAUGUCUCGUUUCUGGCUCAGACAGGCAGAUUUUCUGUUCCACUGAAAUGUUCAACAAAGAAAUGCUCUCUGUCCCUCGACAAGGAGCUCAUCGACUUUGGCAGCUACACAGUGGGUGAGACUGCAAUCCGGACCAUCACGCUGACCAACACUGGGGGCUUGGGCACCAAAUUCAGAUUUCUUCUGGCAUCAGAGUCCUGUGAGAUGGACACCACCCAGUCGGCCGUAAAAUUAAGUAGUAUCUUCAUAUAUGAAGACAAAAGUUUUUAUGAUAAAAUCACCACCAGUUUUUCUGAACAUCAGACGGAGGGCAAUGAGUCAUCCCCUACAGAUGUACCAAGCCAGAAGGAGUCUGGAAAGCUGGACGUGAAGGAGCAAGAGGAGGGGCACCCCAUUGAGGGCGUGACCUUGACCACCAUCAUGACUAUACCUCCCAAUGAGGAACAGAUGGAGUUCUCGCUGGGAGAGAUAACAGAGGGGGACAUAGGCCCCUUCAGCUCCAUCAAGGUGCCCGUCAUCUUCACCCCGAUCGUCCCGGGAACGGUCUAUAACAGUUUCAAGGUCGUGUUUAAGAAUCAGCAGUGCCCAACUUUAUAUUUCAAAGUCGUCGGCGUGGCUAUCGAUGUGCCUGUCUGGGUGCCGAAGCCCAACGUGGACCUGAAGAUCUGCAUGUACGACCGGCUGUACCAGGACUCGAUCCUCGUCCACACACGGUCGAAGGCCGCGUUGCGCCUAAAGUUCGAGGUGUGCAAGGAACUGCGGGGCCACAUGGAGCUCCUGCCUGAGACUGGCUACAUCCAGGCGCUGUCAUCCUACUCAGUGCAGCUCAAGUUCCUGCCCAGACACUCCCUCCCAGAAGACGCAGGGAAGUAUUUUGACAAGGAGACCAGGGUUCUGGAGGCCCCAAUGACUAUCCGGGUGGCUGACCAGAUCAAACCGGUGGGGUUUACUGUCCAUGCUGUAGUCACCACCUCGGACCUGGAGUUCAGCCCCGCGGGGCUGGACUUUGGCUACUGUACCAUCUACGAGGCCAUCAGGACCCAAAUCAGCCUCUGCAAUCAUUCCCUCCUGCCCCAGGAGUUUGGGUUCGUCGGACUCCCCAAGUUUGUGGACAUCCAGCCCAACGACGGGUUCGGGACAAUCCUGCCACUGGAAACACUGCAGCUCGAUGUGAUCUUUCAGCCCACCAAGGCCAAGGAGUACAACUUUGAGCUCAUCUGCAAGUCAGAGAUUAACCGGUGCUUCAAGCUGGCAUGCCGGGCUGUGGGGGUCUACCCGCCCCUGGAGCUGUCCCACCACCAGAUCAAGUUUGCAGCCACCUCCUUGUACGACACAUCUGUGGCCACCCUGUACGUCAUCAACUCCCACCAGAGCAUGAACUCACUGACCCACUCAGUGCCUCGCAUUGGCUCAGAGGACGCUUUUCCGGUUGGGCCCACCUCUUUCGAGUUCCUGCUGCCCCCAGAUUCGCCCAUCACCAUCUCACCCCUAGUGGGCACCGUGUGGCCAGGAAAGAGGUGCCUGGUCCGAGUGGCCUUCCGGCCAGUGCUCCCCAGCGAGCUGAUCCACCAGGAGGCCUUCCAGGCCCUGAGCAGAAAAGCUGAGAUCAAAUUGUCCCUAAAGGAGACGGUCACCCAGAGGAAGGACCAGCAGAGACCGUCUUUCUCCAUGCUGCGGCUGCAGAACCAAGACCGGCUGCUCCAGGCCUCAGCCUCUCAGCCCCCGGAGCUGCAGAAGGAGGACCUCGCAUCCAGCUCUCAAGAGUACCAGUUGGCACAGGCCUCCCUAAUCAGGUCUUUCCAGGGGAAGUUUGACAAGUUUGUGGUUCCCUGUGUUGUUGCCAGUGGCGACACCAAAGACAGGAAGGGGACAGAAAUGCUGAGCUUCAGUCCCCACAACACACUGUACCUGGAGCUGUGGUGUCCAGCGGUAGCGCCGUCUAUCGUGGUAACGUCCGACAAAGGCAAGACCGUCAUUAACUUCGGUGACAUUGCUGCAGGACACCGGGGCAUAAAGAAGGUCUCCAUCCAGAACAUCUCCCCCGAGGAUCUCAACCUGGAGUACUCCAUGCUGAACCCCGAUGGCCCCUUCGUCCUGCUGAACCCCACCAUGAGGUUGCCCUCUGGCGAGACCCAGGUCCUAGAUCUGUCCUUCUCCCCGCGUGAGAGUAUCCUGGCCCAAGAAACACUGGACAUCAUCACCAAGAAAGGCACGCUCUCCCUGGCCCUCAUGGGCACGGGUGUGGCGUCCACGAUCACAUGCUCCAUUGAAGGUGAUGUCCUCAACAUGGGCUACGUGAUCGCCAGAGAGUCUGUCUCCUUGGGCUUCAAGCUGCAGAACAACUCCCUGCUGCCCAUCAAGUUCUCCAUGCAGCUGGACAGCCUCUCCUCCAGGAGCAGAGACCAGCACCGCCUGCCACAGUUCCUGGCCUCACCGGACCAGAGGACGGAAGUCGUGGGCACGCAGAACUACAGUGGCCAGAGUGUGUUCAGCGUGGUCCCGGUCAAGGGCAUCAUGGAGCCCGGCAAGGCUCAGGACUUCACUGUGACCUUCAGUCCAGACCACGAGAGCCUGUACUUUUCUGACCGGCUACAGGUCGUGCUCUUUGAAAAGAAAGUGUCCCACUGCAUCCUCCUGAAGGGCGCGGCCCGCGAACACAUGAUGUUCGUGGAGGGCGGAGACCCCCUGGAUGUGCCUGUGGAGUCCCUGACCAUGAUCCCUGCCUUUGACCUGGAGCACAGAGAGGGUGAACCCCCGCCAGGCCCUCCCUCUCCAGAAGCUGAGGAGCUAAAGCCCAUCCUGGUGACCCUGGACUACGCCCAGCUGGACCCAGACACACAGGCCCCACCUGCCACCCGAGAACUGCAGGUGGGCUGCAUCCGGACAACCCAGCUGUCCGCAAAGAAGACUGUUGAGUUCAGCAUGGACAACAUCGUGGCCCUGCAGCACAAGGGCUUCACCAUUGAACCCUCCAAAGGCUCUGUGGAGCGCGGCCAGACCAAGGCCAUCAGCAUCUCCUGGAUGCCACCCAUCGACUUUGAUCCAGACCACCCACUCGUGGCAUCGGCCCUGCUGCAGCUCAGGGGGGAUGUGAAGGAGACCUACAAGGUCCUCUUUGUAGCCCAGGUGGUGACCGGCCCCUGAGGCCACAGGAGUCUCUCCACAGAGCCCCCUGAAGCCCUCCUUCCUGCCACCCUCGAAGCCUUCCCCUGGUCUGUGGGAACCACCCAGGGGCCUGGAACCUGGGCAGUUUCAA